GGCCGGGCCCGCCCAUGCCGGCGGAAGCGGCGGUUGCCGGGGCAGCGGCGGGGCCGGGCCGGGCCCUCGGUGCCGGCGGGCGGGCCCAGCCCAGCCCGGCCCGGCGGGGAGCGCUUCUCCGCCGCCUCCCUCGGUCUUGAUUUCAGCCUGUCAUUUUGCGUGUAAAUUACUGGGUUGGAACGCGAGUUCAGAUCAAGAUCAGAUGUGCAUUUCAAGGCCAGUAGCUGUUCUGGAGUGAUCUCAUGCUUUCCAGUGGCUCAGUGAGGCCUGUUCCUUUCUGUUCUCAGUGCUGGUUGGUUUCUGUGGCAGAGGCGGGGCAAGGUGUGGCAGGAUGUGUGAAGGGCCAUCCAGGAUUUCUGGCCCCAUUCCUCCAGACCCUACACUUUUUCCAGAGUAUUACAAACGCCCCUUCUCAGCUCAAGGGAGGCUGGAAGGAAACACUCACAAGCUGUAUUUGACCUCUGGCCCCCUGGACCCAGUGCCCAACCCGUGCUCUGUUUUGGGCAGUGCCCGCCAGGCCCAGCCAAGCCCUCGCAUUCGCCCCAGUGGGAAGGACUUCCUGGAGAAGGGACGGAAGGGGACACUCGGCCUCUUGCUGCAGCUCCAGGGGAUCUCCCUUGACGGGGGCCUGCCAGGCAAGAGGAAAGAGCCCAAGGACUACGAGAAGGAAAAUGUGAGGCGGAUAAAGGAGAUUCAGAAGAGGUGCAAAGAGAAGGAGCGAGCCCAAGAGCACAGCCAGCCCAAGCCUGUGAAAGCUCUGUGGAAAUCCCAGAAGUAUGACAACGUGGAGUCAAAGGUGAAGGCCAAACUGCAGGAGACCUCCCCACCUCCAAAUCCUGAGGCUGGGAAAUUCCUGAGAGCGUAUUCUCGCUGUGGCUCUGGGAUCAAGCCCUGCAGACUGCUCUCCCCAAGGCCUGUCAGAGCCAAAAGAGCAGACACAGAGACUCCAGAGGCACAGGGUGCUGAAAGCAAGAUCCAGGUGGAGGGCAGGAGCAUCGACUUCAUCAAGCACAACGCCUGCAAUGCCAAGCGGGCCCCGCUGCGCCGCUCCCAGUCCCUGCAGGCACUGGCCGAGCUGCUGGCACAGAAGCACCGGGAGCAGGAGGAAUACAACACCAAGCAAAAGGGCCAUGUCCCCCAGUACCUGCUGGAGAGGAAGGAGCUGUGGCGCAAACAGAUGGAGGAGCGGCUGCGGAACCUGCCAGAUCCCGACACGCCGCCUGGACACACCAUGAUGCCGGAGGACCAGCGGCUGGAGACCCUCAGCAACCUGAAGCAGAGCCAGGAGCAGCUGAUAAAGGACCUGGUUCUGCUGCCAAUGCGUGGAGACUCCCUCAAGAUGCAGAACAGGCGGGUAGAUCUGGAGAGGAAGCUCUCCCAGAUAGAAGAGGCAAUCAAAAUUUUCUCGAGGCCGAAGGUCUUCAUCAAGCUGGACUCCUGAGCCAGUGGGGCCACAGGUGUGCUGUGCUGCUCUGCAUAAACAUCCUUCCUUGCUGUGCAGGAAUGGACAUCACUUUAGAAGGGAAGGAGAGGAAGGCAUGUUCCAGACCCUGGGCGCAUGCAGGUGCUGGUACAGUGUCCAGUGUUCAGCUGGCAUCCUUUGCUCACCCUCCAGUGCUGUGUCUUGUCCACAGAAAAGGGAGGGAGAUGACCUAAUAUACUCCUUGCUCAGUGGUCUGGAGAACAGUUGUCUCUGUGCUGCUUGACUUCUCCCAGAUCAGCUCUCUGCUCUGGAUCCAUGCCAUCACCUCUCAUUUUCCCAUUUUUUCCCACUUCUAGAAACUAGUAGGAGGUCUCCUGUGCUGUGCCUGCGGUGUUCCUUGUCACUGUUUUCCUCCUGAGCUGGACCAUGCUCAUGGCUCAUCCUGAGCACCUGCAGGCUCAGCAGGUUGGGGACAGCUUGGGACAAGGAAGAGGCACAGAUCUUCAGUGCUCCCUGCCUGGGGAAGGGCUGAGCUGGCAGGGGGAUCUGGUGGGAUGUCUGCAGAAGCCUUUGUUGUCUGUGGGGCAGGAGACACUCUUAAUAAAUCAUCAUUUCCAUCUCUCA